CCCGGCGUUCCAGCUGCCUGCGGGAGCCUGGAGGCUAAGGUUUCCUGGGGCUUGAAGCAUUAACACAGCGGGAGGAGGAGGUUGUGUGAACCUCUGUCGCAGCUGGAAGAUGGGAGGACUCCGUGAAGCAGCGAGGAGGGCCAAGAGAGAAAGAGGGCUGAUUUCUGGGCGGUGCUAAGUCUGGGCGGGGACGCGGUCACCACCAAGGCUUCCAGCGGAGGCCAGGGCGGCCACGUCCCGCUCCCAGAAAGUGUAGGGUCCGCCCUGGCUUUGCUACCCUCGGGACCUCCAAACAUGUCCGAGGUGAAGAACCGGAAGAAGUCGGGGCCCAAGGGAGCCCCCGCGGAUCCCGGGAAGCGGAGCGAGGGCGGGAAGAACCCAGAGUCCCGGGACAGUGGAGGUGGGGGCUGGGUGGACCCCCGGACUGGCGUGAGUCUCCUGUCACUGGGGAUGUGCCUGGGCCUGGCCUGGUUUGUAUUUCAGCAGGUGGAAAAGUUUGCAAAGGUGGAAAACCAAUACCAGUUAUUGAAAAUAGAAACGAAUGAAUUCCAAGGACUUCGAAAUAAAAUCAGUUUAAUUUCAGAAAAGCUUGAGUCUACUGAAAGUAUCCUGCAGGAAGCUACAUCAUCCAUGUCUUUGGUGACCCAGUUUGAGCAGGAAGUGUCCAGCCUCCAGCAUGUCAUGCAUGACAUUCAAAACAAUGAAGAGAUGCUCACUCAAAAGAUGCAAAGCCUUAAUGAGAAAUUCCAAAAUGUUACAAAUUUCUGGAAGAGAAGCCUAGAAGAAAUGAAUGUUAAUACAGACAUUUUCAAGUCGGAAUCAAAGCAUAUACAUUCUCAAGUUACUGUCCAAAUUAACUCAGCUGAACAAGGAAUAAAAUUGCUCACUGAAAGGCUAAAAGAUUUAGAAGACAGCACACUCAGAAAUAUUAGAACAGUGAAAAGACAAGAAGAGGAGGAUCUUCUGCGGGUCGAGGAGCAGCUGGGCUCUGAUACAAGAGCGGUUGAAAAGCUAGAAGAGGAACAGCAUGCUCUCUUUGCCAGAGAUGAAGACCUGACCAACAAGCUUUCCAGCUACGAACCCAACGUGGAAGAAUGCAAGACACAUUUGCCAACCAUAGAAAGUGCAAUUCGCUCUGUUCUCAAAGUUUCUCAGGACCUGCUAGGGACAGAAAAGAAAAUGGAAGACUUAACUAUUCAGAUGUUUAAUAUGGAAGAGGAUAUGCUCAAAGCAGUAUCUGAGAUCAUGGAGAUGCAGAAAACCCUUGAAGGACUUCAGUACGAUAACAGCAUAUUAAAGAUGCAAAAUGAACUGGAUGUUCUGAAAGGAAAGGUUCAUGAGUUUAUAGUACAUUCAAGCACAAGAGAAAAAGGAGGUUUAGAAGAACAUAAUCUGGAAAAUAAAGGAAUCAAUGGUGAUUUCUAAAUGCACUGCAUCUAUUCUGAUGAACCAUAUUGCUAUGUAUCAGUUGACUGGUUCCAUGCUUUGGCGUUGUGUGAUGAUGUCUCACGUCAUCCUACAUUAUGGGAAAAGAAGGGAGGUGUCCACACAAAUGGAUUAUCCCGAUGAUCAAAGCUUAUCUCUUUAAGCAAUAAAACUUAUUUUAUUUUAACCAUUUUAAAUAGAUAUAUUUCUCAAAUAUAUAUUUCUCUACUUUUUAAGAAGCAAUAUACUUAAUAUUUUAAAUGUUUUUCUUUAAUAGUCAUCAUUAUGAAUUUCACUUAUUUCUAUUGAUAUACAAAUAUAUUAAUUUCUCUAGGAGCUACUGAAGAUUACCUCCUUACUAAAUGACCCCAGUUUGCUAUUUUUCAAUCCUUAUAUCUAUAAUACUUGUGCUAUCAUUUCUGUCACCAGAAAAGGUGACCUGACCUAUCAUUCUGUCCGGUCGGUUGGUAAAAUGCCAGUCUCAGCCAGGUCUU